AAUGCAACAGUUAGCGCCAAACUGCAGAACUGCGGGUUUUCAGAAGAUGGCUAUACUAACCUGCUUAACUGUACAGAGAUACUAGAUAAAAACCCACAACAACCUGAAAUUUGGUUGUAAUUUAGUUUUAAUCGGGAAGGAGGCAUGUUUCGGUUUAAAAGUGCUUGGUUUUCAAGCAGUGUGCCACAAGAGCGUCUCAAUUUUUGGAUAUUGGAGGGUGGGAGCAUCACGGGUUGGAGGGCAGCAGAUUACCUCUUCAGUGAGGAUGCAGCAUGUCCUGAUACUCUGAUGAUAUUUGGAAGCAAAGAUUAUCUCUGGAAUGAAGUGACAGUUUUUCACAGUUUAUUUCUGUCUGUCUGUGAAAAGCGGCAAAGUGUGAAAUCGGUGUGUAUUGGUCAUUAUGUGCUGCCUCCAGCGUCUGUACAGGAUGAGGUGAGAAAAGUGGUUGGGAGGUUGAUUUGGGAGUGUGAUGGUGAACAGUCAGUUGCAGCGAGCAACCAUAUGUGCCUGACUGAAGAUGAAUGUAAUGAAGAAGAAGUCAGCAGAAGUGAUUAUGAACCAUCUGAUACCGACUCAUCAGAAAGCGAAGCUUCUCCGUAUGGUCAUUUGAGAAACCCAGUUGAUAGUAUGCUCACAGCGUACGUCAGCAUGGACAGCCUGGAAAAAUAUCCAGGAGAUCUUUGUGAUGUCCAUCUCAGACAUUUACGAUGCUCCAAAUGUAAAGCCUACUAUUUGACACAUUCAUAAGCACACACACAAUAAGAGAAAAACAUACACACACACACACAAGACAAAAAGCUAGUAUAACAAGGCUAAUACUCAUUUAUUUUUGUUGUAGUAUCAUUACAGUUCAGUCAGUCAUUAUAUGUCAGUAAUGCAAUGAUGUAUGUUAAUACAUAGUGCAUUAGGUUUGUUUGAAAUAAAAACUCAGUGU